CAAGAAACAUAUUGAAACAUCGAAGAAAUAUCACUACGGUUGGCGAGGAUGCAUCAACAUCCCGCAGAGGGCACUGCGAAACGACCUCUUCGGCCCAUUAAUCCAUACUCGGCCAACCAGAGCUUAGUGGUUCCUCCCAAUACGAGGCUUAUAGCUAUUUGUGUCGCCGAAGUGUGCACGUCGAAGAGCUUCGGAGUUCGGCCGAGCUUGAGUAUGGCGUCCAUGUCUCUCUCUGCUACGACCACUCGUCGGUCUACUUGCUGGACCUCCAAUUUUUGGGGCUUCCACGGCUAAGGACACUUCACCUGGACGAUUUCACUUGCCUGGAACAAUGAGACUUAUACAGGUUCCCUCAGUCUUGUUGGCAGCUCUCACAUUAAGCGUUCUGGCAAAAGAUACAAUUACCGCGCUUCCUUCCACGGGAUCUGGUCCUGGCGAUGGAAGCUCAUGUUUGGCUGCGGUCAAAUCGUGGAACGAAGGGUCUUCAGCCUGGGCGAAGAAGUAUCAGGUCCUUUCAACGACAAUUGAACCUAUUGGUGGUGGUAAACAAGUGAAAACAUACACAGUAUAUGAAAAUGCGACGACCUUGUGCGAUGGCCACCCACGAGUCACAUACUCGCCGGCCAAAUCAAUUGGUGUUACUACAAAGACGUCGGGAGGUUCAAUCACAGGGAAGACGACCAUUGUGAACACAUAUGUGAGCCCUGCGUGGGAAAAACCAUACCCUACUUGUAUCAUCCCGCCUGCCGAUUGCGAUCAGCUCUGGUCGACAUAUCAUAGUCAGGUCGCGGCUGCUGCCACCAUCACACCCGCGCCUGUCGCAACGAUCGCAACGCCACCUUGUGCCAAUCAGACUGCAGCGAGUCAAAAUGCCGCAUUCACGUCAUCCCUCUACGGCUGUGGAAAAUGUACCAUCUACGGCGAAGGCGUGGAGCUGGUCUACUUCCCGACAUCAACUUCAAGAGAUCUGUGUGCGACGACACCCACAAAUACUGUAACACACUACGGCAAAGGUGCAGUCAUCACCGCGUAUUCAGGCACAAAUUACACAGGUCCAGAUCCCGCCCAUGGCGCCCAAAUUGCCGUCGUGGACGGUCACACGUUCACAUCUGGAACAGCAUACAUCAGCAUCCGCAAAGUCUUCGCCGUAGACCGUUGCACCAAAACUUUUGGUAACGUCGUUUCCAACGCCAUUCUCGCCAUGCCCUCCGAGUCGGUCUUGAGCUUGCGUUACAAACAAGACCAUUUCCAAUUUCUCCAAGAAACAGCUACUGUCACGGGAUAUCCUGUACAAUACGCAGAUUUCAACAAUCCCAUCCCUUACAGCGCCUGGGUCGGACAAAACCACUGUGAAUUCGGGCUGGAAGAUUUCACAUGCGGUGUCAUUUAUGAAAACAAUUUUCGACCUCAACUCGCUAUUCCGCCGGAAAUUACUAAACUCAGCCCCGAUUUUGAAGGUUGCCAAAUGUGGUAUAAUGGUCUUUGGGAUCCCCCUUUGGCUUUGACUGAGCGCUCCGAGGCCGCGAAACCUACGCUACCGCAUGCUUCGAAAUAUCCUACUCCGGAACCUGCUGCGCCGUCUUCGAGGGUUGGGUCGCCUAUGGUUACUGCUACUGCGACUGCUUUGCCUAAUGAGGUUUCUGAGAGUAAAGGCCAUGGAGCAGUCGAGCCUUCUUCGACUGGAGGAGGAAGCUAUGGUGCACCAGGCAAUUCACAAUCCGACACGCCAAAUAACGAAAAUGAUGAUGAUGAUGACGACGACACACCUCCAAACACAUCUUCUUCUUCUGAUGAUAAUAACACCACCACCAACAAUAAUAACAACAAUAAUAAUAACUCCUCCCCACCAAACUCCCAAUCCAACACCAACACCAACACCAACAACAACGAAGACACCACCACCCCAACCUCAGAAAACCCAACUGAAUCUCCACAAUCCCCUUCCACAACAAAUACCGGUGGAGCGACGAAAUUUUCCUCUACAUUGCAGAAUUCGCUCUUUUUGGGGAUUUUUGUCUUUGUGUUGAUUGUGGCUUGA